AUGGAGAGUUCAAGAAUCAUGCAAUGGUUAAACAUUCUUCUAUGUGCACUGCUAUUGUUACUAAAGACACAAGGACAGUUUGUUCCACUAACUCGGCUCGAUAGCGCGGUAUCAAAAGGAGCUGUGUGUUUGGAUGGAAGCCCCCCAGCUUAUCAUUUUCAGGAAGGACAUGAAGAAGGAGUUAACAACUGGAUUGUUCACAUUGAGGGAGGUGGAUGGUGCCACAAUGUCACAUAUUGUCUUUACCGAAAGGACAGUCGGUUAGGUUCCUCGCAUGAAAUGGAAGAGCAAACUUAUUUUUCUGGAUAUUUAAGUAACAACCAUCAAUAUAACCCUGAUUUCUACAAUUGGAAUAGAGUCAAAGUUAGGUACUGUGAUGGAUCAUCAUUUACCGGUGAUGUUGAAGAAGUUGAUCCAGAUACAAAUUUAUACUUCAGAGGAUCAAGGAUUUUUUCUGCUGUAAUGGAAGAGUUACUAGCAAAAGGAAUGGCUCAUGCUGAUAAAGCUAUUCUUUCUGGAUGUUCUGCUGGAGGAUUAACCGCUAUAUUACACUGUGAUCGAUUUAAAUCAAUGUUACCUGAUGGAACUAAAGUGAAAUGUGUCUCAGAUGCUGGCUAUUUUGUUAAUGUAAAAGAUAUCUCUGGAGAUUAUUACAUUGAAGAUUAUUUCGGUCAAGUCGUUGAAACACAUGGUUCGAAAAAGAGUUUGCCUCAAUCUUGCACUUCAAGACUCACUCCAAGACUGUGUUUUUUCCCACAAUAUGUGGCAUCAAAUAUCCGCACACCGAUCUUCAUUGUAAAUGCAGCAUAUGACUCAUGGCAGAUUAAGAAUAUUUUGGCGCCUGGUGCUGCUGAUCCGAACGGCCAAUGGGGUAGCUGCAAAACUAAUCUAAACAACUGCUCACCUGAACAACUAAAUAUAAUGCAAGACUAUAGGUCACAAUUCUUAAAGGCAUUGAGUCCUAUAACCAUCUCGCCAUCUAAUGGAGUAUUCAUAGACUCUUGCUAUGUCCACUGCCAAACAGAACCACAGGAAACAUGGUUUACAAAUGACUCUCCAAUGGUUGGCAAUAAAACAGUUGCAAUGGCAGUAGGAGACUGGUUUUAUGAAAGAAGUCCUUCACGUGAGAUAGAUUGCAUUUACCCUUGCAACCCCACUUGUCAGAACCAGAACCAUGUUUUUGAUGCACAAGCAAACCCAGGAAUACACUAG